AUGAUUUCCAAGAUCCAAGCCGCUGCCAUCCUUGGCUCCCUUGCUGCCUCCGUCAGCGCCCACGGCCACUUGUCUGCCCUCAAGGUUGACGGCCAGGACUACACUGCCUACGACCCUUCUUUCCAGUACCAGACCCCCUCUCCCGAGGUCAUUGAGUGGUCCUGCCCCGAGUGCUUGGACAACGGUUUCGUCGACCCAUCCAUGUACGACGAUGCCACCAAGAUUGCUUGCCACAAGGACGCAACUGCUGGUGCUAAGGUCGCCAAGGUCGCUGCUGGUGGUAAGCUCGACAUCUCAUGGACCGCCUGGCCCGAGUCCCACGUCGGUCCCGUCAUCGACUACCUCGCCAAGGUUGAAGAUGCCACCGCCGCCAAGUCGACCGACCUUGAGUUCUUCAAGAUCGACGCUGCUGGUUUCGAGGACGGCAAGUGGGCUUCUGACAAGCUCAUCGCCAACAACAACACCUGGUCCGUAACCGUCCCAGAGAGCAUCGCCCCUGGCCAGUACGUUCUCCGUCACGAAAUCAUCGCUCUCCACUCCGCCGGCCAGGAGAACGGUGCUCAGAACUACCCCAAGUGCAUCAACAUCGAGGUCACUGGAUCCGGUACUGCUACCCCCAAGGGCACUCCCGCCAACAAGCUCUACACCGCCACCGACCCCGGUAUCAAGGUCAACGUCUACGGUGGUGACAUGUCCAGCUACGAGAUGCCUGGUCCUGCUCUGUUCGAUGGUGCUAGCUCCGGCUCUGGCAACGCUUCCAGCCCCAAGCCUUCUGCCUCCGCCCCUGCUGCUUCUACUCCUGCCGCUUCCACUCCUGCUGCUACCAGCGCCGCCGCUGUUAACGCUGUCGCCACUCCUGCUGCCUCUUCCACCCCGGCUGCUACUUCCGCUGCCGCCCCUGCCUCAUCUGGCAGCUCCAGCAUUGCCGACAAGGAGUUCACUCUCGACACCUUCAUCUCCUGGCUCGAGGAGAAGGCCGGAUCUUCAUCCAGCCAGAAGGUUCGCCGCCACCCCCGCGCUUUCCGCGUCUAA